GCUCAGCUUCAAAUUCAACAUCACUCUCUUCCCCUUGUUUGUCUCAGACGCAAAACCAGGCGAGAACUAGAGCAAUAGGCAACAUCAUCGACUACUUCAUCUCUCUCAAAUGACUACCUUAUUAGCCUCAUCUCUGUCAUUAUUAUUAUUGCUGAUAAUCCAGUGCGUUAGUGGGGCUCAUGAAGUGGAGGCUUGCACUAGCAUGUCUUGUGGUGGAAUCGAGAUCAAGUUCCCUUUCGGUUUAAAGGGACACAAUCAGAGUCGUCGAUGUAGCUACCCCAGGUUCCUCGUUUCCUGCAACAAUCAGAGCCAGACCAUCUUCACGCUACCAGAAUCAGGAGACUUAGUGAUCAAAGGAAUCGAUUACGCUUCCCAAAUCCUCUGGGUUAACGAUCCCAAUCAAUGCCUUCCCAGACGGUUCUUGAAGGGUCUCACUCUUUCUAGCUCGCCUUUCCAGUUCGAUCCUGGUCUUUACAAUCGCAUCAACCUCACUUUCCUUCGCUGCCCUUCCAACUUAACAGAGACUUCCCCACUCACUCCGGUUCGUUGUCUUAACGAUCUUGCCAAUUCCUCCUUCGCUGUUACGUAUUUGUGGAUGCGAUCCAUUCCUUCGCUCUUGAAUGAAUCGUGCGAGGUCAUUAAUUCUUCUGUCCCCUAUCCGAUUUCGAACAUCGACCCGUGGCCUUUCUGGGUCGACAUCGGCGAUGAUAUACAGUUGACGUGGGGCAGGCCGAGUUGUGGUGGCUGUGAAGCUCAAGGACAAGAUUGUGGGUUCUCAAAAGACACGGGUCUACAAACAGGAUGCUUCUCUCGUUCCCAGGAAAGCUCAGGUCUUCCAAGGGGUGUCAAGUAUGGGCUAACAAUAGGAGUGGGAAUACCUGGAUUCUUGUGUUUGAUUGGGCUAGGUUGUUUCAUGUGUGGCAAGAUACGACGUCGUCGCAAUCCCAGGCCCAGCAUAGACCUUCCCAUCUCAUCAUUUAUGGUCCAGUCGAGCCCAUUUGGAACGGGCCUGGAUGGGUCCACAAUAGAAAAGUAUCCCAUGACUCUUCUUGGCGAGAGCAGGCGGCUACCCAAGCCCAGCGAUAAUAUUUGCUCCAUAUGCCUGUCGGAGUAUGAGCCCAAGGAGACCUUGAGAACCAUACCCGAUUGCAACCAUUAUUUCCAUGCACACUGUAUAGAUGAAUGGCUCAAGAUGAAUGCCACGUGUCCCGUUUGCCGGAAUUCUCCCACGCACACACCUUCUUCUAUCUCAACUUCAUCAUCUAUGUCUCCUUCUUCUUCCUUAUCCUCUUCACACUAGAUAAAUUCAUGUUCUCCCCCAUUGAGAUUUGAGAUACACGCAAGCAUGUUACUAUUUGUAAUAUAUACCACACGAAAUAUACCAUAGUUUAUGUGUAGAUGAUUUUCUUUUUUUCUUUUUUCUUGUAUACAUCUAUUUUUUUAUUAGCAACAAUCAUAUUAUACAUAUAAUCAGAUAA